AUGUUCACAAGACCGGUCUUAUCGUCGGCGUUCCGACAAGCCGCUCGACCAGCUCCAACCUUCGCAUUCGCCUCCAAGUUCACCAACACCCGAACGUCCUUCUCCCCAUUUGUACGAUACCUCUCCCAAGAAACCCGGCAAGCAAUUGAUAAAGCCGUCGGAUCCACACCUGUCGUUCUGUUCAUGAAAGGCACACCCGAAACCCCACAAUGUGGAUUCUCAAGAGCGAGCAUUCAGAUCUUAGGGCUCCAGGGCGUUGACCCCAAGAAGUUCUCAGCAUUUAAUGUUUUGGAGGAUGAUGAUUUAAGACAAGGGAUCAAGGAAUUCUCAGAGUGGCCAACGAUACCCCAACUUUAUGUCGAUAAGGAGUUUGUUGGCGGAUGCGAUAUAUUGAUGGCUAUGCAUCAGAAUGGAGAACUAGCUAAGCUACUAGAGGAGAAGAAGGUGUUGGUUCCUGCUGAGGCAGAGGCGGCCGAAGCUUCGCCAUAA